CGCUGGGGGGCGCGGGGGCUCCGUCCCCGCCGGAGCGGAGGAUGAGCUGCGGCGACGCCAAGGACAUGGAAGGAGGACGGAGGCAGUGAGAGGAGGCAGUCAGGUGUGGAAGAGGCAUGAGGGGAGGAAGGGAUGGAGCUGCGCUCGUGACAGCCGGUGCCGAGCGCUGCGCACGCAUCCCUCCCCCGGCGAGGAUGCAGCAGGGCCGCCCGUCCCUCUGCUGCGUCUCCACCGUCCGCAGCUCGCAGGGUGCCCCUGAGCCAGCCGCAGCCGCCGCCGCUCACUUCAGCUUCUGCCGCAGCCUCCUGGAGCACACGGUGUCGGCCGAGAACCUCAGCUACCGCCUGCAGCGCAGCCCCGGCACCAGCCUCACCUGGCACGACGGCCGCAGCCAGCGCGCAGAAGGCGCCCGCGCCGUCAAGCUCCUGCGGCAGCCGGGCACCGAGGGCGCGCAGGGCCGUGCCUGCGAUCACUAUGGCAUCUACCACACCAGCCCCACGCUGGGCAGCCUUACCAAGCCGGUGGUGCUCUGGACCCAGCAGGAUGUGUGCCGAUGGCUGAAGAAGCACUGCCCGCACAACUAUCUCGUCUACGUGGAGGCCUUCUCCCACCACGCCAUCACAGGUCGGGCGCUGCUGCGGCUCAACGGGGAGAAGCUGCAGCGCAUGGGCAUCGCUCACGAGGCGCAGCGGCAGGAGGUCCUGCAGCAGGUCCUGCAGCUCCAGGUGCGCGAGGAGGUCCGAAACCUGCAGCUGCUCAGCCAAGAUUGUACCAGCACUGUGAACCGAGCACCUCUGGGAUGGACUGUGCACCGCAGAUACGAGACCUGAACCGCGUGCUUGGAAUACGAAGAGGCAGCUUCCGAGCCGCUCCGGGGCUUCCCUCUUUCUUCUUCUCUCUUUCUUUUCUACGAACACGUCGCUGUGCAGAGAUGGGAUGCUUCCUUCAGCAGACGCGGCUCCCAGCCAGAGGAAGAGGAGCAGAACAGCCCCGGGGACGGAUGAACUCCUGCCCAGCUGAGCCUGACCCUUCGCAGGGUGAAACUGCAGAGAGCAGACGGCGACGAGCGGGGCUCAGCGGUGCCGACAGCCUGAGCACGGCCACCCGCGGGACAGAUCGGAGCCACCCCCGGGACGCUGAAACCUUGGGCACGUGAGCGGCGUCCCAGCACCCCGUGGCUGUCGGCACGGCUGGGGAUUGCUCCAGGCUCUGCCUGUGCCACCGCCUCGGAGCUUGUUCGGGGAGCUUUAGUUCCCUCUUCAGGCUGGGCUGUCUUCCAGUGCCCUAGGAGAUAACGUCGGUAGCGAAUACGACGACCCGAUCGGGCAAAAAAAAUGAGAAGCGGGGCAGAGUCGCCAGCACCCGGCUCCGUUUUGAGAAUUAAAGAGGAGCUGAGGCACCGACGGCAGCAACCCAGGCGGGGCUGGCACGCUGUGGCCGUGCUCCGGAGGACGCUGCGCCAGGAGAUCUCCGCGUCCUUCGUCCGUCCUCGUCCUGCGGCUGCGUGCCUGGCCUCCCGUCCUCCGGUCCCAGGGGUUUUUAUUUAUUCCCCCCUCCCAACGCUGCCCGGGCUUUGGCCGGGCUCCUUGCAGAGCUCUGCCUCUCCAGGGCUGUUGCAAACGCCUGGCCCUGCCGGGGGCUGGUGGCAGUGUGACCGAUGCCAGCAGCAUCCCGAUAACCCGGUGAUGAUUUUGGGGUCCCAGCCGAGCCGGCAGGCAGCACCCCAGGGCCACGGGCACCAGCUGCACCCCGGACUUGGCAGGGGUGGGCGCCCGGGAGCCAGUGGCCGCCCCUGCUCUGUGAAUAAAAUCAGACUGGUGUUUUA